UCAAGCACAGGGGCAUUGGGAAGGGAGACGUUAGCCAUCUACCUUGAUUGGUUGGGACUAAGGGGAAAGACAAGAGACACCUGAGAAUAGAGACCAUGAAUUAUAAAUAGAAGCAGACAUGAAGAUAAUCUUAAACCACCUGCUAAAGUGCUGAAUUGUCAGAAAUGUAAAGUAGCUCAGUAAAUGAACUGGUGCUCGUCGCUCUGUAUUAUUUAAACAUUCAGACCCCCAGAGGUCUUUUUAGUCAUCUGUUUGUUUUGUCUGUGGUUCAGCAGGUUUCCGUCUUCCGUUCCUCCAUUUCUUACCAUAUGUUCACACUUCAUACGCAACCCACCUCUGCAUGGCCACAGAUGCAGCAUUUGUUAGUUCCGCAGUGGGAGCUUAGAUGAAUAUGUUCAAGUUAUUUCUGUUUGGUUAUUUGUUUUGCUGAUUUUUAAUGGUGGAGUAUACUGAAUUAACGUUUUCUUGUAGUAAAUAAAGAAUUAUAGGUUUGUGUAAAAACUGCUUUACUUUUUUUAUUUCUACAGAACAGGUGUGAGCAACAGAACCCUGGCUGAUGGAGAACAUUGUGCGCUUCUUAAUAAUCUUCUCCACUGCUUUCCAGUUGGCUCCAUGCUCCACUGCAGGUCCCCAGCAUCACUAAAGAAGGAACAGAGUUCAGCAGUAUGAUUCGUUGCACCUGGCACUGCCCCUCCACUGCAGCAGAGCCAGAGAUCACACCACUGCCACGUAAGUUGAAUAUUUUUUUUAAUACUGUGUGCUGUAUUUUAACAGUUUCCAGUGACAAUCAAAAUGACCUGGACUGGAACUUUUGCGGCACAUGGCGCCAUGGCAACAACCCCCUGAGCCUGAACCUCAACAUCUCUACUGGCUGUAAAGGGAUCUCCAUUUCAGCCAAUAAGAGCUUUCUGUCCAUCAACGGGCAGAUGACAGCCCAGUGUAGGAGAUCUGAAGUGAGUAACUUCAAGCACCUUGGAUAUGAAUCAGGAGGGGACAUCAAGUUCUGUCUGAACUGGGAGCCACUGCUGGACCUGUUAAUGCUGACGGUAGGAGAGAAGAACCUUAUUCUGUGCUCACCUGCAAGCCUGCAGGAUUCCUGCUGUACUGACCUGAGUGAUGGCCCAAACACAGAAGGAGCAGACUACGGCAUCCUCAAUGUCACGAUCCAUCAUGAUUUCAUCACCGACAAAAUACGGAUGGCUUACAACUUUAUAGCACAUUCCACCAACUACAAAGAAUUAUGUGAACAAGCCAAACGAGAAUCCGCCCUCAACAAGUGUGCUGAGCCUCCAUACGCUUACAGAUCUGACGUGGAGCUGAAGGAAGAUUUCAAAGGCCACAGCGUCACAUCACCUGCCAUUGCUGGUAGACCUGUCAAGUUCAAUACCACUGUCCACCUCCCUGCUGCCUUAAAACAAGCUGCGAAAAAUGUUAGCAAAGUAGCCUUCACUUUCUUCAAGAACAUCUCUGUGUUACAGGAGGCUCACAGAGAUGCCAAGCCUAUCAAUGAUGUGGUGGAAAUCACGGUGGAGAACGAGAUCAUCAGAAAUCUGUCUGAACCCAUUAGGAUUGAUUUUUACCACGAUGCUGUAUCUGAAAGCAAUUUGAGAAAAUGUGUUUCUUGGGACACUAGAAAAGAUUCUCUGCAGGUGAACUGGUCGAAAGAUGGAUGUGAGACACAACAGAAAGGGGAAAACCACACUGUGUGUCUGUGUAACCAUCUGACUUACUUCACUGUUCUGAUGGACCCGAAGCCAGUGGGCCAGUUUCCGGCACUCACUGCAAUUUCAUAUCUAUGCUGUGCUGUAGCUAUGAUCAGCGGUUUUGCUCUUAUAAUUUAUCUCAGCAGAAAAUUGUGUUUUAUGCUAUUAUAACAGCAUUUCAGGCAUUAUUUGGUGCUUCUAGAUGUUACAUUUCAGCACUGUCACCCAAGUAAUACACAGUACACACAAUUAGAUAAUACAACUUACAUUUACUGAGGACUUCAUUUUUUUGUACUUUCUCUUAAACUGGCUGCUGUAACAAAGUAUUUUCCUAGCUUUUGGAAUAAAUAAAGUAUUUUUUGUCUUAUAUCUUAUUUAAAGAACAUUUGAGCUAUUUGAAUAUAAGUAUUAAUAUUAAUAAAGAAUUGCUGAAUUAUUGUAAGUGAAAGCAACAAUAGAACAAGUUCAUACAAAAACAGAAACUCUGUUGCUUUACUGCCAUCUUGUGGUUAAAUUGCUUAAAAUGGAUUAAUACAGCUCAUUUGCCAAAAUAUGUGAGUUGUAUCACCCUUGAUGUUAACAGCAGAAUCAAAAUACUGUUUUCUCACUCCAUUCUUGUCAUUUAAAAACCGAAAAUGUUCUUUUGUUUUUGUUAUGUUUUUUUGAACAAUUUCUGGACAUGUGAACCAAAUUUAUUUUCAGAUUAAAAUAAUUUUGCAUGGUCUUGUAGGUUUUAGGGUUUGCACAUCUGUUUGAUGGAGUGUCUUUACUUCACAAUAUAAAGUGCUUUGAGGUGACCAUUGUUGUGUUUUAGUGCUAUAUAAAUAAACAGUAUUUGAUCUCAAGUAAAACUGCAAUCUGCAAAAAUGAAAGAAUAGCACUCAGCCAUGUUAGAAAACUCACCUAUUCCUGUUGCAGUCUUGCAGCCUCAAAUCCAUAUCUGUCAGUCAGCAUUAUGCAAACAUGCCAGUAGUGCUGAGCAUGUACACACUAAUGUUGGACAUAUCUGAUCCAUAUACAUAUUUUGAGGGGUUUCAUCUAUUUGUAGAUUAUGCUGCCAUUUGUCAUUUUGGCUGUUUUUCAUGUUAAAAUCUUUCAGGUUUGGAAAACAAGGGAUGCCGUUUGUUGACAGACAAACCUGACCACAAGAAAGAGGUCAGCUUCAAAUGAUAAUCCAAGCAAACUUCAUGGUUAACUGUGUAUGGUGCAACAUUUUAGAGCCAAACAAUUUAUUUAUAUGUACAGUCUGUGCACCUGUGUUUCAGUUUGUAUCUCAUAUCCUGUAGAUGUUCUUGUACACUGUGUCAUCUUUAUGAAGUCUCACAAUCUGGCUUGUCACUUCAGUGUUUUCAGCAGACCAAAUCUAAGUGAGCUGCAAUUUUAUACAAGCUGGAACAGCUGAGGUAGCUUUUGUUGCACACAGGUUGAACAGCUGUGGUCAAAGGUUUUGGUCUAAUGCCAAAAAAUUUAUUUGUUUGCUAUUAAAAGUCGUGAAUGAAUGAACGAAUCUAACAAAUGAAUGAAUUGCUCAUGACUGCUUUUCACUAUAUCACAGAAACAUGUAUUAAAAAAUAAAUAAAUAAAAAACUUGAAUAAAAAUGUAAGCAGCAAAGUGUAUGAAACAUGGCCAUGAGCGUAGCUGGUUUGGACCACGUUGUUGUUUGCUAACAGUAUACCCACCAAUACAACAUCAUUGUAGUUAUCACCAAAUGGCAGAAAGCAGCAGUAAGAUGAGAUCAGUAGCAGAACAGAAUCAAUACAAUACCCAUAGUUCAUUAGAUCAGAAUUGUACACCGCAUGCAGUACCACCUGAGGCAAAUGUUCCAAUAGCUGGACCACCAUGGUGAACAUGACAUCAGUGAUGAUGAUGACGAUGAUAGUGGAGACAAAUAUAAUUUAGAUCGAUUACCACAGUUGCUCAGUUAAUCUUUCUACUUCCCUUUCCACAAAUAACCUUUUACUCUGUGUGUCUGUAGCUGAGACUAGACGGAAUAUAAACCAAGAAAGAAAUCCCAUCUUAUGCAUGCUACAUGUAGCAGACUACAUGUAGCAUGCAUAACAUUUUAUGACAGUUCAUAAAUUCAUGAAAAAAAUAUCCUGAAUCAGUAUUUGUGUUUUUGUCCUGCGCCAUAAACAUAAAGUUGUUGAUUUAAAAUAAUCAUUAAUAACUAUAUAUUAUGAUGAUAACUAGCUUGAAAAUCCCCAACAGUCAUUUUGAUUGCUUAGAAAAGUCUCCAAAUGAACAGCCACUAUAGUGCAUUUAUAAACAUCUGGAUUAGAAAUUGACUAGAAACCGAUGGUUCAAAACACUAAAGAAUGUAUAUCUAGGGCUCAGCCUGUAAUUUUUGUCCUGCUUCACUCAAUUUCUCAUUUUGCUUUCAGUUACUUACAUUUGCUAGUCGUUUCAUUGGAUUUGGGGAAACAAAUGUGGUUUAAUGUUAAAAUGCGGUGAGUCAAGAAUAGUUAUGAGACUAAACAGGGCUCAACAGAAUUGGACUCAAAAUGAUACUUUUAAUUUCACUAAAAAUGCUAAUCAAUCUUAAUGAAACCAACUUCAAGCUGCACAGAGCAGAUGAAACGGCAGGACGUCUGCUGAAUGUUUUAUUUAGUCUAAUUUCAAAAGGGAAGGCCCUGAGCAGACUAAAUGCUUUGCUUCUGAAAUGUUCCCGGUGUUUUUCAAGCCAGGCAAAGGAUGUCACAUACACAGACACACUCAUUAUAUUCCUGGGAUAAAACCAGGCUCAGGAUCGUAUCUCUGAGACAGGGACCGCUUUGACUAAACAGCAGUAUUUGAUGUACUGAGAAUCAGACUGAUCAGUUGAGCUGCUUUUAUCUAACUCUCCCUGUCAAAAACCCCAAAACAACCUCUAUUAUAAAACAUCUACCUUGCCAAGUCACACAUAUUGCUACAUAUAUUUCCACAAUUUGCUACAUCUUGCUUAAGAUGAUGGCCGUUGCAGUGUAGCAAAUCAAUUAAAGUAAGCAGAAAGGAAUAACACAGGCUAUUCUACUUUUACACAACUGAGAAGUUGGUUUUUAACAGUGAUCGCUCUGUGACGUUUACUCAGAAUGUCCCAGGUUUAUAUCUGUAGUCCAGCUAGGCUAGCUGUUUCUUCUGCAACUUUUCUCAUUUGCAGGUUUUGACAGGACAGAUCAUUUAAACUAAUAAUUAUGGAAUUUUACAGACAGUUUUCAAAAGCAAUAAAGGAGCUAUGUGCAUACAACAACAGCUGGCAGACUGGACUAAAACCAAGGCUCCAAAUCUAAAACUAAAAGGUCCUCUUUUGAGAUGAAAUGAAGAUUCUGAGAUACAAGAUGUCUGGAGCAUAGUUUACUUUAGAAGACAGGAUGUGCAUAAGUUCCACAACUGGACUAAAGAUGUGGAAUGAACAAAGUGUCUGUGUGGACAUGAUUAAGAACAAAAAGAAAUAGUGCAUAUUAGUUAUGUGUUAAAGGCUUACAGCAUCUCAUACUGUGAAACAGGGUGAAUUACACUAAACCCACCUCAGCUGGUCAGCUUGAAACACUCAAAAGAAUUCAACACAUGGAAACUAUGUUGGUUGAAAAAAAAAAAAAAAAAACCCC